AUGUCUACAAAGAACUGGAGAGACCUCGCAGCAGCAAAGAAAGCCCACCAGCAAACAACCAUCCCCAGCCAAUGGAUCAUCUCGAACCCACCACUAAAGGAUCAACUCGACGUCAGCGCCUUACCAGAUUCCUAUGGAAUCCUCUCCGCGAAGGAUGUGGAGAUCACGAACUCUCAAGUCGACGUCCUCCUAGCCAAGCUUGCGGAUGGUACUUGGUCAGCUGUGGAUGUUACUACUGCGUUCUCCAAACGAGCCAUUAUAGCACAUCAACUGACUAAUUGCCUCACCGAAAUUUUCAUCGAGCGCGCUUUAGAACGCGUAUCUCAACUUGAUGAGUACUUCAAGAAGACGGGUAAGACGAUGGGUCCUUACACGGGGAUGUUUCUUUGCUUAGGAUUACCGAUUUCUUUGAAAGAUCAAAUCAACAUUGAAGGGGUCGAAUCCAUGAUGGGUUACGUUUCUUGGAUCGGAAGAUACGCAUCCAAAAACUCGGUCCUUGUAGACAUGCUCGAAUCCCUUGGUGCUGUUUUAUUUGUCAAGACUAACGUCCCUCAGACUUUGAUGUGGCCAGAAACAUUCAACAACGUAUUUGGGAGGACGACCAAUCCCUAUAAUCGGUCCCUCACAUCUGGUGGUUCUUCCGGCGGUGAAGGCGCGCUUGUUGCGCUCAAGGGCAGUCCUCUAGGCGUCGGCUCCGAUAUCGGAGGAUCCGUUCGAAUACCCUCCGCAUUCUGCGGCAUCUACGGCCUCCGACCUUCCUACAACCGCAUCCCCUACGCAGGGUGCGUAAACUCCAUGGAAGGACAAGACUCCCUCCCCUCCGUCCUAGGGCCCAUGUCCAACAGCCUCGCAGGCAUCAAAACCUUCGUCCGCGCCGUUGUUGUUGCGCAGCCGUGGUUGAAAGACCCGCUUGCGGUACGGAAACCGUGGAGUGAGGAGGAGUAUGCGUUGGUGGAGCAUGGAGGCGGUAAGGGGUUGUGUUUUGCUGUUAUGUGGGAUGAUGGUACUGUUAGGCCGCAUCCGCCUGUUAUACGUGGGUUGGAGGAGACGAAGAAGGCGUUAGUUUUGGCUGGACAUCGAGUGAUCGAUUGGAAACCGCUGAAACACGACGAGAUAGUGAAGGUCGUCGACGACAUCUGGGGAGCCGGCUCAGCCCAAGACUACCAAACCGUCACCGCCAUCUCAGGCGAACCCCUCAUUGGCACCAUGCUUCUAACUCCGGAAACGCCUAUAGGAAUAGACGAGACGCCCACAUCUCGUCCACUUUCCAAGGGCGUGUCCGCGUACGAUUUAUGGCAGGUCCAGAAGAAGAGGAGGGAGCUGCGCCAGGAAUAUCUUGAUCAUUGGCUGGGAACUGAAAAGGUGACUGGGACGGGGAGGGCUGUGGAUGCGAUUAUUUGUCCUGUGGCUCCGUUCGUUGCGCCUCCGCAUGGUAUGAAUAGGACCGCGGACUACACCACUGUUUGGAAUGGCCUUGAUUAUUCUUCUCUGGUCAUCCCGGUUUCCAAAGUCGAUCAGGCAUUGGACGCACGCAGGCCGCCGCAUAAAUUCUACAAUGACGCGGAUAAGGCGAAUUAUGAACUCUACGAUCCCAUCACAUACGAAAAUGCUCCUAUUUCUAUUCAGCUUGUCGGGAAGACGCUGGAAGAAGAGGCAGUGAUUGCGAUGAGCGAAAUUGUCGACGCAUUGAAGGCAAAUUCGUCAGUGAUACGAUCUCAGCUUUUUUUUUUUUUUUUUUUUGUCCAAUUCAAGUCUAUUGGGGCGAAGCCCCAUGUCAGACCUUACAACUCUGUAGAUCUCAGCUUUAGGAGCUAUUUAUCAUUUGGUACGCUUGAGGCAUCUGCGGACUGA